AUGCAUUUAUUCCUAGAAUCCAUAGGUGUAAUAGACACCACUGCAACAAAUACUUCGAUAUCAAAUGACACUUUGCCAACCAUCUCACCAAUUACCGAUGAACAAUAUGCCACGAUGGCCUUUGUGACUCUCUUGGUACUGAUAUUUUCAAUCCUCGCCAGCGUACUAGUGAUCGUUAUAUACUUUAUUAUGAAAAAAUAUUAUCCGGGGGUGUCUGAUCGAGCCACUUUUCGAUUGGGAGUGUUGAUAUGCACUGCGGAUCUUUUUUAUUCUCUGACUCAAGUCAUCGGCUUGAACAUAAGACAUCCGGGAAUUUCUUGUGGAUUCACCGUUUGGGCAUAUGUGUUUUUCGCUUUACUUUCCAUAUUCUUUUCGGAUUGUAUUGCAAUUCAUCUUCAAGUUCUGUUUAUACACAAAUAUAAAGGGAAACGAAAUUUAGAAAGAUAUUAUAUUUGUGGCGCAAUAAUUUUUGCAUUCCUAUUAUCGCUCUUACCGUUAAUUGAUCAGAUGUAUGGGUGGGAUGCUCCAGAGAGAACCUGUUUUUAUCGCCAUUCCGGGCAAUUAAUCGAUAUAGUCUGGCAAUGGGCAACGCUAUCUUUAUGGAUAGGACUAUCCAUUCUGUAUUGCACGGGAGUAUUAAUCGUUGUCAUAAUCAAACUUCGAAAACGCAAGCGAGCGAAUUCUUCGCCGAAAACCACGUCCAUCGACUCGAUCUCACUCACAACUCCAUCACUGAUCGGAUUCAAACAUACCCGACCGAAGACGCCGGAUAAAUUGAUCUCAGUAGUGGCCCGUAAAGUGACUCUGUAUCCGAUCAUUCCGUUCAUCACACAAACCCCAAAAUUUUUGGUGGAAACAAUUGCGUUUUCGCGACAUCAAAUGUUUUAUGAGUUGUUGUUUAUCAGUUUUAUUGGAUGCGCCAUCCAAGGGUUGUUGAAUGCCAUUGUUUUCGCACAAGAUGUUGCGGUGUCACGUGGACGCUUCGCGUUGAGAAUAUAUUUAUGGCGCAAAUAUGUCAAUGAAUAUGAAUCAAGAUAUCCACACCGUGCAUCUUGUCACAAGAAAAAAAAUUCCGACAUUGAACUGUCAACAAUCAGCACGGUGAAGAAUUCACCGGGGGAUAUCUGCAUCGAGCAACACGAAAACAAAAACGACGUGUUCUCUAGCAUCAUGAAGCGACGACAAUCAUCAAUGUGGGAGCCAACUUUCCUUGAACGGCUCAAGUAUCAGAUAAUCAUAAGAUGCGUGAGCGCACCGAAAAUCAAGGAAUCUUCACGUGAGAAUUCAUUUGGAAACGAACGGCUACCUCGACAGAUAAAUGCAAUGCCAACAGCCACACGUAAAGAAAAAUAUUUUGAUAUACCAUAUAUUAAAACAUUAGACACUAGUCCCGACGAAAAUGUAAAUAAUAUGAAUAGAGAAUACGAAUACCAAUUAAAAAUCCAACAAAAAUUCGAAGAAAACAAAAAUAAUUUUGUGAAAACCAAUGAAAAUCAUAAUCGUGAUAUACUAACAACAUCACUACCACACAUACCAUCACCCACGCUUGCAUCAUCGUCCUCAUCUAAUAGAGCGAUACAUCCAUGGAUAAAACAAUGGAGUCAUGAUAAUGAUUUAGAACUGAAUAAUUUUUUAGAUGAAUCGGAAGGAAAUGAGCUCGAUUAUGUUCCGAUCUCCUCGUCUGCUUUGAUCUUUCCGAAUUCUUUCAAUACAAACAAAAAAAAUACUAAUUAUAAUAAUGAAAAUGUGAGUGGACCAUGA